UCUUGAUUAGUGAAAGAUAAAUUGUUAUUGGCAUACUGUGUUGUAUUGAGCAUCAAAUAGUUAGGGAUGAGGCAACAAUAGAGUGUAACAAAAGUUUGUGGUAUAUUUCGAAUGUAAUGUAUGAUCAUUUAUGAACGCACUUCAAGCACAUGAUACGAAGGAGACCAAUUUACAGUGGUACCUAUGAGUGUAAGUAAUCUAAUAUUGACUUUUGACAUGUAACUGAUAGCGCCAUGGGAUGGACUUAAUGAAUUCCUUGGCGUGUGACUAUCCGACAGGUCGCCGAUUUGACCGUGACCAGUAAGUGCAGUAGCCUGUGGCGGAUUCAUGACGAUUUCAAUUGUAAGGAAUGAACUUGUGACAAUACGUUUGAAGCUAAAAUUAGAUGAUGUUCAGCAGUCAUUUUGUGACGACGAUAUGAUAAUUAUUAUCUUGUUUGCUGGCAAUUGUAAUAUUCGAUGCAUGCAUUCAUGUACUCGGUACAGUGCUUCUGCUCUAGUCCAUCGAAUUCAAAGCUACAAAAGAUUUCCAAAAUUUGGUAUUGUUCACUGUCGUUCCUCGACAGCUCGGUGUCCAAAGAGCUAUCGUUAAGUCGUGUGAUUGAGUGUUUGAUCGGACAUCAUUUUUUGCAAGGUAAGAUGUGUACUACGAAUGAGGGGCAUAUUGGAUAGUAACAGAACGAGAGGGCAAGACGGUAUGGUAGUAAUUUACCCCGCAAAAAAGAAAAAUAAG